UCUGCCAAAGAAGAUUGACUACUCGAAACAUGGCCGAGGAGACCACCUCUGGCAUGAUCGUUUGCGACGAAUCUCUCAGCUCGGAGACCAGCCCUGCACCAGAACUCGAGAACUUGUUCGAUGACCCCUUACUUUUGGAAGGAGACUUUUGUUCGGAAGAGGAAUCAUCCUUCUUUGGCUACAGCCCGCAACAUGCCCUCGAUGAAGCCAAACAUCAGCAUCCGCUGGAAGACACUUCGUCUAAAAACUCCGGUGAAGUGACAGAUUCCUCGCCCGAUUUUCUUGGGGUCGGCGAUGGUAGAUGUUCAGGCAGAAGAAAGCAGAGACGCUACCGGACGACGUUCACAUCUUCCCAAUUGGAAGAACUCGAAAGGUCCUUCCAUAUCAGUCAUUAUCCGGAUGUAUUUUCCAGAGAAGAACUAGCGUCGCAGAUUGGACUUACAGAAGCAAGAGUUCAGGUUUGGUUCCAAAAUCGCCGGGCCAAAUGGAGGAAACAGGAAAAACUGAGUCGUGGCAAGGGAGAAAUGAGCGAGGAAGACAUGAUCCGAGCUUACUCCAGGAGGGAGCAAGAGAUGGCAGACUACCAAAGAGAAUUCGGAGAACAGUCAGAUCAAUCAGAACUUGGAAACCCAGUCAACACAUCUCAACUCAGAAUCGACGAUCUCUCUGCUCUGGGCAUCUUUGCAAUGCCUUCUGAAUGGAGUACAGAUGACACUUCGACAGACGUCGUGCAACUGGCACUGGACGCUGCCGGCGCAUUCUUGAAUUCCCCCACCCACGACAAUGCGACGGAUGAAAAUGAAUCGGCAGCUUUCGUUGCCACUCAGAACUGUCUUUUCACUAAUACUUGCUCAAUGGACAGCCAGUCCCAGUCCGAUGGAACAGUAGAAGAAAAAGUCACCGGCUAAGAAAUACAAGUAACUGCAUUUGUUGAAGAGCUGUUGGCGUCUUUUAAAGUAAGCGCUUGUUUUAUUUUAUGGAAUCAGAAUGUAAAAAUUUAUUAAAUUGAUGUAGAUAAAAAGAGACUUUUUAAAGGCAUUUCACCUGAAUUUAUUUAUUACUAGGUAGAUUUCUCAGGACAGAGUAAUACAUUAUUCUUUAUUUGAUCUCAUUCAAAACCAGACAAAAUGUGAUUGUGCAUUCUCUUUUAACAAAAACAACCUACCCUUGAUUUGGUUAUACACAAUU